AUGAAGCUUGAUCUUCUUCCAUGGCCACCGCAGCUCACACAUGUCGUCCAAAGGCUUGCUCUUGGGUGUCGGCGUGAAGCUGGCGGCGUCUUCUGCGUCCGGUGUAUCUUCGACGUCGGGACCAUCGCCUUCACCGUCGACGUCUUCGUCCGCAUCGUGAAUCUCAGCGGGGUCCACAUGGUCGGUGGCUUCGUUGCGUGGCGCUUCCGCGAUGAGCGCCGCGGUCGGACGUUCGGCCACGCGAGCGAGACGACGGACAGUGCGCGGGCAGUGCGCCGCGUGCUGCCGGCGGAUGCCGCAGCGGAUUCAGACCUGAACUCCAUUCGGCGCUACGACCCGAGUCUUCGCUUCCGGUCGAUCGGCUCGGACAUUGCGCUGAAGGACGUGUUAAGCGGCCUCAACGUGCGCGUGACUGUGCGAUACCCCGCGCCCGAGGAUGCGACGGUGCGCGACGUUCUUGGUCUCUUCCGCAGCGCAGCUUGGGUCAACUUUAUGAUCCGGUAUGUCGUGCCAUAUCUCAAGACGUCGACGCCCGUCAACAAGGAGGUCCUCGCCAGCCUCGAACACGUGAAAUGUGCUGGCGACGACGAGUGUGUCAUUUGCAUGGGUGCUAUGAAGGAUGCUGUGAAGCUGCCGUGCGGGCACCUCUUCCACACGAACUGCAUCGACGCUUGGUUGCGCAUGCGUAGUACCUGUCCAACCUGCCGCCACCGGCUCCAGAACGAGUUCUCGGGGCGGUACGCUUUUCGCGGCAUCAACACGGCACUCAUUGUCGAAGACGUCGAUGAUGCUAUCGCCCCCUCGGCCCUGCAGGCUUUUGAUCUGAGCGGAAAGACGGUCAAGGCCAUUGUGCACGUGUCGCUCGUUCCAGUCGCGCACUUUUCGGAGCGACAGACAUUUCCUUGCGAGCUCAAUGCGGUCGUCGUGCCACAAUCCGCGCUUGCGCAACACAUAGAAGCCCGCGUCGCGAAGCGUAAAAACAGCGCUGUCGCUGUCGACACGAAGCAUCCGCGCGUCGUCUAAGCUGCAUGUACCAAGCAAGUUCUAAAUAGCAUACUGUACAAGUGCACCGG